UUUCUAUAAUUACACUUGUCACUUUUCUAACCUCUAAUCAAAUUMCWMAUUUUUUGUCUUACUGCCUGUAAUAAUAGCUGGGGUAAAACAACAGGCUGUGGCUCAAAGAAUCUGAUUCUGAACUUAUUUGUUUAUUCAGAAAAUACCUUCUGAUAAUGUGUGAGAACAAUUAGGGMUAAUAUGUGUCAGUUGUGUUGCUCCUCUGCUGUCAUUCUUUAUUAGAGCACYGAUCACAUUAAACUUAGGCCUUCAGCUGAUUUUAGAAGAGAAAAACGACUAUUUUGUGAACGGAACCAAAAGAUUCAGGCACCAGUGACGUACCGCGUCCGCCAUUCCCUUGUUGCCAUGGUGACGACGUAGCGUUGCUGUUAGACGCUGACUUCGAACGGGAAAAACUUAUCAGGCUAAAUUAGCUGCUAUGUUUGUAUUGUUUGUAUUUCUGUGCAUUUUCCCUGCAAUUUAACCGAGAAGAGACGCAAGUGACUUCAAGAAAAGCUCAGCAGGAUGAAGAAGGUGUUGGAUUCUUUCAGGAACAGGAAGGUUUCGGCGUCAUCGAUCCUUUCCAGAAAGGAAAUAGCUUUGUUCAGAAACUCUCCGAAGCAGUUCAUGUGCGUGGAGAUGCUGCAGGACGGCUACCACAGGUCGUUUUCAGAGCUCUUCACUCUGCUGCGCACUGACGUGGAGCAGAGGGCCAACGCUCCGCCCAGAUCGCCCCGGCUGCAGGAGCCCCCACUGGCGGAUCAGCGGGAGAAACUGGAGACCAUCCGGCUGCACCUGUGCCGGGCAGAGAAAGCAGAACGGGACGGUGCCUGGACAGCCGUGUGUGAGGAGCGGCUGCAUUUGGGUCGCUACUUCACCCAUCCGAUGGACCUCUGGCUCAGCUUCCACUUCUACCACAGCUGCGCUGACAGAGUGUUCGGAGGCCGGUCCAAAUCCGCCACGGAGGCCAGAUUCCACCUGGCUGAGCUGUACCGGCAGCAAGGCGACCUGCUGGAGGCGAGGGACCACGCGGAGAGGGCCCUGAAGCAGGCGGAGGACGGAGGCUGGCUGGACCCGGAGGGCCGGCCGCUGAGGCUCUGGGGCUGCAGGGAGCUGGGGGAAAUCUACAGCCUGCUGGGCGAGGCUUACCUCGCAGCGCAGGACUACGACACGGCCACCAUGCUGCUGCAGCUGGGAUCCAAGAUGGCGAUCGAGGGCGGCGAUAAGUCGGUGGAGGCGGAGUCGUUCUUCAGGGAAGGGAUGGGGUUACAGAGUUCAGGAGAUCAUCAAGCAGCCAUGGAGCUCUUCAACAUCUGCGCAGAACUCUUUGGCUCUCUGCAAGACGUGAAAGGUUUGGUGAAGUCCUACAAGGCCAUAGCCAAGUCCUUAGAAAGCGAAGGAAACAUCGAGGAGUGUAUUAAAAUACUGGAGAAGGCAGCUGAUCUGUGCCAGAUCAGCGACCUGCAGGAGCUGCUGGCGGACAUCAGCCUGACUCUGGGCUGCAUCUACAGCGACGUGAAUCGGCCUCUGAAAUCGUGUGAAUACUUCCUGCAGAGUUACAAAGCUGCCUGCACCGCCAGAGAGGUGGUUCUGCAGCAUAAAGCCCAGGUGAAGCUGGGUCAUACAAGCGUGCACGCUCUGAUCAAGAGCUACAACUCUGAGAUGGAGACGCCCUCACUGACCUCUGUGAAACGGCUGGUGGACUGGAAGGAGACCAGAGGUCACCAGGACUUCUGCUGAGGGUUCAGAAAUUAACAUUCAGCAGCUGGUUGUUCCGAAGGAGAAAAACAAGCAAAAACAUAUAUUAUUAUUAUUAUUAUUGUUAUUUGUCUCUCUCUACAUAUUGCCAACCACUUAUCUUGUUCAAGAAAUAAUAAAUUAACAGAAUGGCAAGAUCUCACAUCUGAAAAUAAUUUAAAACUCUUUCAUUUCUACUGAGGCUAAUGAGAGUUAAAUUACCUGCAGUUAUUAAGAUGAUGUGAUCUAAUCAAUAUUCAGCUUAUUUAUAUUGAUUCAGUUUAUCUUUAUUAAAUUGUCUGGAAACUUUCUGGCUUUCAGUUUCAUCUCUAUGUGCCAGGUGUCAAUGGAACUACAAAAUAAAUGUUUAAACUUAAA